AUGUCCGCCCUCGUCCGGCAUCACUUCUCAACUAUUGUGAAUGCUACCCAGAGUCUUAGACCACAUCCACUCUCUGUUCGACCGAUCCUCCGACAACCUCCGACAUGGGCGGGUUUUGGAAGUGCAUUUGCUGGACUUCGCACGGGCAUUGGUAGGGAAGUAGGGCAUGGGGCUAGACAAACGAGUCGGUCAGCUCAGCGUAGUAGAAUCGUAUCUCUGGGAACUCCCUCGCUAUUAUUUCACGAUCGCCGGGCACCUCGGCCGCAUCAAAUCUCACGUUCUGGUCCUAUAGCAUUGCAGGUACAUGCUGCCUUGUUUCAUGCGAGUCGCCCCAACCAGGGCCUGCCAUUCAUCUGGCUCGCGACUGUGCUCAAGACAUCCACGGCCCUCGCAUUUGCUCAAACCGCCGGCCGAAUCACCAUGUCCUUGCUCCCCGUCAUCUUCCUCAAGCUCAAGUUUGCCUCCCGGUUCCUACGCAAAGUUCCCGCCGACCACCCACACUAUGCCCAAAAGCGCGAAAAGAUUCUGAGAAUCCGGUGGAAGCUCUGGGUGGCUGUGGGCGUCCUGGUCGUUGUCCCCCUGAGUCUUUUUGUGAGCGCAAUCUUGGCUAGUUUGGAACGGACACCCUUGACCGGUCGAGUGAGAUUGAUCAUGUUGUCCGCCGAGGAAGAAGAGGAGAUUGCGCGAGAGUUGAAGGGCGCAGGAUGGUACACCUCAGUCGCGCAGAUUCUUGUCAAUGCUUCCCCAAGCGGGACGAUGCCACGUGUGAUCCCUCCCGAUGAUUGGCGCUGGAACUGGGUCGAACAGACGCUCCGACAGCUCGAACGCGCGGUACCCAAAUUACAAGAACACUCGGACAACCCCGCGGCCUGGUACGCUGCUUGGGUCAAGGAGCAUCCCGGAGAGACCCAUGCGCAUCUCGAGGGCCCCGAAUGGAAGACGUCGGCACCGAUUCCGCCCCCACCGCAUUACCCGCUUGUCCCCGCCCGCGCGUUGCGCAGUUGUUGCAUGAGAUACCGGUUUCCCCGACUGUGGAAGGACAUAAGCAUGGGCAUGGGCAUCAUCAUUCUCCACAUGCUCAACUUGGUCCUCCUUAUUCGCUCUUGUUGGUCGAUUUACCCGAAAGUAAUGCGUUAUCGUUUCGGUGGAGAUGGUGGAGGAGGGAUCGUAGUCUACAGUGGAUUCCUGGAUGAAGUCCUUGGUUCGGCGAAUAAACCGUCUCCUCAACCUAAACUUGGGUCCAAAUCGCUGCUUACCUACGCCCGAACAAACUCAGAAACUGGCACUCUGUUGGCGCAUGAGUUGUCACACCUGCUGCUCAGCCAUCAUCUCGAGACUUUAUCCUCUGGGACCAUUUUCUUGCCCAGUGUUAUUGGUAUUGUAUCGGAUGUUGUCCGAGUACUGUUGUUCCCGAUUACAAUGGUCAUGGGUCCAUUCGUCAACGAUGCCGUCGCGAACUUUACAAAGGUCGGAUUGGACGAUAUCGCAAGAUCUGGAAGUACAUGCCAAAGCCGGGAACUCGAAUUCGAGGCCGACAUUUCCUCCGGCCUCCCAACCUCUUCCCGAUACGGACCCCUCGCAAAGAGUCGUCACGCCCCUCCCUCUGUCCCCGGGACGUUCUGGACGUCUCGCUCCGCCGCAGGGGAAGACGAUAGCCACCCGCUGGACCAGGCGCGCGUGCACAGGUUGAAAAGGGAGCUCAGGCGGUGGGAACGCGAAAAGGCGUAUGCGAUGGGAAAGAUGAAGAUUGAUUCGUGGGCGCGGGGAGCAUGCGAGGCGAGUAUCAAGGGGUUAAAGUGGAAACUGGAUAAGCAGCCUUGCAAAGAUCAGAAUUGGGAAUAG